CGGACACGCACGAGACUCUUUCACACCGACACAUCACGGACACGAGCGCACGGUCCACGGCACGAGCCACAGCGCACGGCACGAGCGGAAUUUACGAGCAUGACGCAGCGACGCAGCGGCAGAUGACUAGUGCCCCUCAGUGACCCCCCCUCCUUCGUCGGACAUCUUGUUUCUCUCUCUGUGGCAGACUCUUAAACUUCGCUCUGGGGCAGGUGGCGCAGCGCUUCCUUCAGAAGCUCCAGGUUGAGGGGAUGGGAAGCGCCCGAGUCAACAGUCGACACGUUAGCAACAGUCGCUACAGCACCGUGUCCUCGGACGAGAUGAAGCUAACCACUAAUAUGGCUAAUGGUAAAGCUAAACCCGCACAGCUGCACAGCCGCUUCGUGAAAAAGGACGGCCACUGUAAUGUGCACUUCGUAAACGUGAGCGAGAAGGGCCAGCGGUACCUGGCGGACCUGUUCACCACCUGUGUGGACGUGCGCUGGAGGUACAUGUUGCUCAUUUUCUGCCUGGCCUUCGUCCUGUCCUGGCUCCUCUUCGGCGUUAUCUUUUGGCUCCUGGCGUUGCUCCAUGGCGAUCUGGAGGACGGAGAUCACAGGAAGUGUGUGUCUAAUGUGACCACCUUCACCGCCGCGUUUCUGUUCUCCGUGGAGACGCAGACGACUAUUGGCUACGGCUACAGGUAUGUGACGGACGAGUGCCCGCUGGCUGUGUUCGCCGUAGUACUGCAAAGCAUUCUGGGAUGCAUCAUCGACGCCUUCAUCAUCGGUGCCGUCAUGGCUAAGAUGGCCAAACCCAAGAAGCGCAACGAGACGUUGGUGUUCAGCGAGAACGCGGUGAUCGCACUGCGUGAUGGUCGGCUCUGUCUGAUGUGGAGAGUGGGGAACCUGCGCAGGAGCCACCUAGUGGAAGCGCACGUGCGUGCGCAGCUGCUGCGCUCGCGUGUGACGGAGGAGGGAGAGUUCAUCCCUCUGGAUCAGAGUGACAUAAACGUGGGCUUUGACAGUGGAGUGGACAGACUCUUCCUCGUGUCGCCCAUCACCGUGGUGCAUGUAAUUGACGAGAACAGCCCGCUGUACGCACUGAGCCGCGCCGGCCUCCAAGGGGCGGACUUUGAGGUGGUGGUUAUUCUGGAGGGGAUGGUGGAGGCCACAGCGAUGACCACACAGUGUAGGAGCUCCUACCUCGCACACGAGAUCCUCUGGGGGCAGCGCUUUGAGCCGGUGCUCUUUGAGGACAAAAACUGUUACAGAGUGGACUACUCCAGGUUUCAUAAGACCUACGAAGUCCCCAGCACCCCCCACUGCAGCGCCCGGGACCUGGACCAAGACCUGGCCCAGGGCAAGUACCUCCUCCACGAGCCGAGCUUCUGCUACGAGAAUGAGAUGGAGCCUGAGGAGACGGAGGAGAGGGAGGGACCAGAGGAAUCAGAGGAAAAAGGGGAGAGGGAGGAGAGGGAGGAAAGAGAGACAGAUGAGGGGGAGGAGACAGAGGGUCAAACAGACACUGUGUCAGAGGGGGCACCAGAGAGCACCCCAAACACAGACCUGACCUCUGACCCCAGCCCACGGUCACUGCGGAGGGAAUCACAGAUUUGACGUUUAAAGACUGUUUCAGACUGUUUAAAUAAAAUUCUGCCUCUUAAAGGGGCGGCAAGCUCUUAAAGGGGCGUUUGACGGUACGGCUCAAUGAGGGGGCGGAGCCUGAGUUAAUGGAGCAGGGUCUAAGAUGAGAGGGCGGAGCCUGAGAAAAAGGGGGCGGGGCCAUGCUUCUGUCACUGUUUCACAUGGAGAAAAUCUGUUUUACUGUUGGAGCUUG